CCCAGAGUCCAGAGCCAUGCUGCUUCUGAUUGCACGGGCAUGGGCUUCCCUCCUGCUGCUGGCCAUUACCGUCAUAGGCUAUGCUUACAGUCAUGAACUAUUAUGGGCCUGUGGUGAUGGGGAUGUCUGUCCCGGCGAUGGUUCCCGUCGCGAAACUGCAACAGACAAAGACGGAACUGCACAAUUUACGGCAAGCACAAUAAGAAGUUUUGGUUUACAGGCGGCGGCUCUAGCAGCACAAGCAUGGCCAUUUGUGCAACCAGUGGGUAUGAGCGGCAUAGUGGGCUACGCCUGCGGGCUAUUGGCCAGGAAAGUGCUGCAAGUGCUGCUGCUAGGGGCGGCUUUCAUCAUCAGCGCUGUGCAGGCCCUUGCCUACCUGAAAUGGGUCACGGUGCACUGGGACCGGAUCGACGCCGACCUUGCAAAGCUUCUUGGAAACGGAAGUGGCGAGGACGGGACUGGGACUGGGGGUCUGGACGCGUCCGCUCUGCUGGCCGUGGCUUCGGAGCGUCUGGCGACGGUGCUCUCGCAGGGUCUGCCUUCCGUGGCGGGCUUCACAACGGGCCUAACUUUGGCAUUCAUGCCGGGUAUGGCGCUGGUCUAGGCACAGAUUGACGGGCCCGUGGUCGCUCACUCAGGUCGCAAGGUCGCUUGGUUUGCCGGGUCCGAGUUGGCUUGUAGGGGCUUCCUUGUAGCAGUCUGCAUUGACGACGGCGAUGGCACUCGGUGCGGCUAGACAUGCUCUGGUUUUCUUAUUCUGGUUGUUGCGGUGUUGUCGGAUUAGCCAAGCGGGCGGCGACGCUGCUGGGUAGUCAGGAGCUUGGAAGCCAGGAGCUCAUAUGCUUUCGAUGGCGUUGUCGCUGGCGUUUCGGAGACCGCACGUGCCCCCGCCCGUCCCUAAAGAAGGACAAAGUCCACGGCGAUGUGUAGCUGCUUGAAAGUAGGCCUUGAAAUGAACCGUGCUUUU